CAGGAGGGCCACCGCCUGAAGGCCUGGGGCGUCCUGGGUACCCGCCCUGGGGCGGAGCUGCUGCGGCCAGGUGGGUCCUACUCCGCCUCGCCGGCGCCCCCAGGAAACCUGGCCCUGCGUUCAGGGCGACAGGCCCUCCCCUACGACACCCUGCAGGGGAGGAGAAGAAGGGCAGAGCAAAGUGGAAACCCCCAAAGUUGGGAGGGACUUCCUGUGCAGGGUGCGGGCAAACAGCCGUGUUGCCGAAGAGGGAGCCUCCUAAAUGGGAAGAACAGGGUAGAAAUGAGCGAAACGGCCGCGAAAAAUGGCUUUACACAUAAGGGAGCAUUUCCUGGGAGCAAAAGCCUGACGGAUGAGUGCAAAAGGCCACAUUUGGAGAAUGCCGGGCUUGCCUGGAAACGAAGAGAGGGAGAAGGAUCCCCUUGGGUUCCCUGUGGGAAUUCUGAGUUCUGGGAGUCCCCAGCCCCAUCAGGUGACCCCUAGGCUGUCACCACAGUUUCCCAGAGUCCUUCUAGUCCCUGCCAGCCUGCAAUAUGAUGAUACCACCAUGUCAUGUCUUAAAUGGGGAAUCCUGGCCUGCACUCAGCAAAAGACAAGACACUCUGCUCUCAGGGAGCACUUGCUCCUGGGGUUGGGGUGCGGUUCUUCCCCAGGCACCAGCCAAGGGAGCCCCUAGCCUGCCCACUCAGCCUCACACCCAGGGCUGAGCAGUUUGCUUUCCUGCAGCCGCAGCAGGCCCUCAAGGGGGCGCCCAGGACAUCAGCGUGACUCCCAUCACCAAGUUGAUGGUCCCCGGCCCCAACUGUGCAAUGCUUCCAGCCAGUGGCCAUGCAGGGUCCAUACCCCCUGGCUACUUCAUCCACCCUGACACUGGGAAGGUGCUGCCUGAGGCUGGAAAUCUGGGGUACGAUCUGCAGGGAGCUACCUUGGUGCCCACCACUGACUUCAGUUCCGGUGGCGUCCGAACAUCAGAAGCCGCCAUCCUCCCCUAUGUGCCCUACCCAACCUGUCCUGCCACGGGCUCGCCUCCCGCCCCCCACCUGCCUGUCCUGCAGCCGAGUCGGACAUCACAGCUGGGGGCGCUCAUGACAGACCCCGCAACUGGCAUCGAGGUGCCCGUGCUGGCUGUGACUCUGCAUCCUCAAACCAGGCAGUGGCUCACUCUUGGGGGCACAUACUGCAAUCCUCUCACCAAGACCUCAGCCCCUCUAGAGUUGGGGGGCCCCAUGGAGGACCCAGUCACGGGAAGCAUCUCGCCAAUCCUGGGAGUCGGGUUGGAUGAAAACACAGGUCAGGUGCUUGCACUGGGGGGGCUGCGAGACGCCUCGGGGAGCCUUAUGCUGCCUGGUGACAGCUUUGAGGAGCCUCUGAGCAGGAAGACGGUCCGGCUGCAGGGAGUGUCUCAGCGAGAGGGCCAGACAGUGCCCCACAUGGGAGGAUCACAGGCCCUGCUGGACGCCAAUGUGCUGGUGGCCCAGAGGCGAGUGACUGCCGUGCUCCAGAGCUACGGGGAGAGGCCGGGGUCAAGGACACAGGGGCUUCUGGAGGCUGCCAUCAAGGACAUGAGACAGGCACUGGGCUUGAGUCUGCACCAUGCCCUGCAGCAGGCUCGGAGACUGGAGCGGCAGCUGGGGACAGCAGAGGCCAUCGUGGCCAGUGGCGGGAAGAUAGGAAUGAUGUGCUAUCCUGGGACGGAGCUGUGGGUCCCAGUCUUGUACAGGAUGGAGAUCCCAGACCCUGAGGGCUCAGGGCUCAUGGUGCCCAUCCUGGGCAUGGAGACUGAUGGGAAUUCGGGUGACGCCACACCCCUGGCAGGUUCAAUGGAAGAUGCUGAUGGCAAAGGUCUUGUCCCAAUCUCGAUUGGGGGUCAAGCCAUAGACCCCUUGACCGGGGAACCUGGUCCUGUCAUUGGUGCUCAGACAGACCCCUCUGCCGGAGUGGUGGUGCCCAUCGUCCAAGUGCUGGAGGCCCUGCCUCAAGGAGUGAGAGACCCUGGUCUGAUCGUUGCCUCAGGCUCCCCUGCAUGUUUGGAGAAUUACCCUGGAGACAGAUUCUAUGGAAUGAUCCCCACUUCCCUCAGGGCCGGGGCUGCUGCCUGCCCGCUCUUGAUCCCCUUCCUGAAGAGCCUCACUGCAGCGCUAGUGGGAGCUCAAGGCCGUGGCCCAGGCCAGGAGGACCAGGGGCCAGGAACAGAUGCAGAUAAAGCUGACAUCAUGUGGACCUCACCACUCUUUUCUACCCUAGAGAAAGUAGACAUCUGGUCCCAAGCCCCCAAGGAAGAAGCUGAACUACAAGGACAGGUGCAUCACCUGCUAGCCCCCAACAGCUCUUUGCAGGAUGUCCCAAAACCUCAGUUAAUGCAGAAGGAAGAGCUUAUCACUGUGCAACCCACAGACCUUUCUGCCAGGGAGUUCAUGGUUUGCCAGUAUGACCUCUCCGUCCUGAACCUCCUCAUCCCCGAGCUGCAUGCUCCUGAAAUCACCCUGCAGAUUGCUUCUCGUCUUCCUGCGAUGGAUGCUUCAGACAAUGCCUUCCAAGGCUCCUUCUUCUAUCAGAGCACUGAAAACACACUGUUUGUUGGGAGAGAGUCUUUGGCGUCUGCGGGGAGUUUCAUUCUGCUGCUGAUCCACUGCCUGGCCCACAUCGCCACCGAGGACUUCCGCCAGGAUGCAAACCCUGCCUUUCUGAGGUCAUUUUACAAGGGCCUUCGGGCUUAUUUUGGGGAAGCAUUCUCAACCACACUGCGGGUGUCUGCGAUCUCCUGGGACAGUAAGCUUGACCAGAGCAUAAGCGCUACUCUGCGGGACGAGCAGCCCAUCUCUGAAAGAGGAAGAGAUCUUCUCUUUUUACUCCUUGAAAGGAAGUGUGAGUCUUGCUUGGAGCCUGAGUCAUCGGAAGAGUAUAGAAAGAGAAACACGGAUCUUCUCCUCUUCACCAGUAUGGAACAUUUUCUAAAAUCCCUCCUCCCGGCAGAACAGCAGAUCCCAAGAAAAGCAAGAGAUCAGCAUGGGGACGAAGAGAAGAGAUGUGACGUUGCAUGUCAAGGUCAAGAUCACCAGCUAGCACCCCGGAGAAAUAACUGAACACUGACUUCAGCCCUGGGCCCCAGUCCACUUUAUGAAAAGUUAUCACCCAUGUCUGGGGUGAAAACUACCUUUAAAACUUUAUUAAAAUAUAACACAGCUUUUAAAAGUGCACGUAUCAUAAAUGCACUCCUCACAAAUCAUCCAAAGUGAACAUUUCCAUGUAACCAACAUCAAGAAAGACAACAUCACCAGUCUCCCAGAAGUCCCCCAUGUCCCCUCCUUCCGGUCAUUGGCCCCCCGAGAAUAACCACUAUCCUGACUUCAGACAUCAUCAACUGUUUUUGUUUAUUCAUGAACUUCACAUAAACAGAAUCAUAAAUUAUGAAUUACUUUAUCAUUCCUUUUGUUGAGCAUCAUGUUUGUAAGGUGUAUACAUAUUGUUGCAUGUAGUUGUAGUUUGCUGAUUGUCUUUGCUAUAAAACAUUCCAUUGUGUGGAUAUAUCAACAUUUAUUCUUUCCACUACUAAUAUUAGUGCCUGUGGGUAUUUUCUAGUUUGGGGUUAUUACAAAUAGUCUUGUGCACCUUUUAGUGACUAUAUGUGGCUGUACCAAAUAGAUAUUACUUAGAACUGGAAAUUCUGGGUCUUAAUGGGUGGAUAGUUCUCUCCUUAGCAGAUACUAUCAACGGGACUUCCAAAGUGAUUGUAUGAAUAUAGACUGCCACCAGAAGGGAGUAAGGGUUCUGGUCACUCUCCAUUUUUAUCAACACUUAGAAUGUUCCAUCUUUUUUAUUUUAUGCAUUCUUCUGGGUACGUGGUUUUAACUUGCACGUUCCUGAUGGCCUCUGAAACUGGGCACCGUCCAUGUGUUUAUACACAUUUGAGUGUCUUCUCUUGAGAAGUGCCAGUCAAGUAUUUGCCGAUUUUUCAUUGGAUUCCCAAUUUAAUUGAUUUGUAGGAAUUCUUUAUUCUGCAACUAUUUUCCCUCAUUCUGUAGAUUGCCUUUUUAUGAAAAUAACUACAUAUAAUAUUUCUUUUUCUGCUUCAUUUUUUGAUCUAGAAAGAAAAUGGUGAUCUCAUUUCAGUCUGCAGUUUAAAAGAUGUUAAAUAUGGAAAUAUGAUAUCUAAUAAGGUUAAUAAGAGAAUUUUUUAAAUACCUGUAACAUUGAUGUGUCAAUCACAUAAAUGUAUACCUCAACCUUGGGUAGAUAUAUAACAGAGGUUAAUAUUUGGCACAGAGGAUAACAUGCAUACAAUGGGACUAAGAAAUCAUUAGAUCACAUAUUUUAUUAAAAUAUUCAUUAUUUAGAGAUACUGACUGAACCUCUUUCUAGAAAUGUAAAUUUGCAUAUAUUGUCAUUUAUCAGGCUGAUUAACUUAUCUGAAAUUGUCUGCUACUGAAUCACACAAAGUAGUUAGAUAUAUUUGCACAAUAUUUGGUGAUCUGGAAUGAGAAUUUAGAGAUCUGGCAAUAAGAUACAGGCCAUGUGGCCUGCACAGAAUUCCCUGUGGAAGCUCUGGUUGGAACACUUCAGAGAAAUAAACAGUCAUCUGAAACAAGUUUGAGUGCUGAUCAGGAGAGACACAACCAUCUCAUGAAUUCAAUGGAAGCCAAAACAUUUUUCUUCAAAUACAAACUUCAAAUCAAAAGCCGGCUCAAAUGACAAACCCAAUGCCAGCAAUUCAAGCUGCUUCUCACAUGGAUAAUUCUCUGUAUUAUACUCCAAGAUGAGUAGCAGAAGGAAUUUUUCUUUUUUACAUAACAAUUGUUAUUGAGUCUUU